AUGCAGUUUGCAAUCUGGCUGGUCGGACUCAUGUGUCAUUUGUCAGCGCUCGUGCGGAACUCCUUGGAAUACCGGUUGCACCCGAAACAAGAGAGUUUCGUCAGACGGCUGUCCUCCUAUGACAUCAUCACCCCCGUGCGCGUGAACGACCUCGGGGAAUCGUUUCCACCCAAGUCCCACUACAGGAGGCGGCGGCGGAGCGCGUCCGGCGAGGGCCCGCUGGCGCGGCGGACGCACUACCGCGUCGAGGCGUUCGGAGAGCGCUUCCACCUCAACCUGACCGCCGACUCCAGCUUCCUCGCCCCCGCCUACGCGGUGGCCCACUUGGGGGGGGGCAACGACUCCGACCUCCGGCGGGACCCCCCCGGCCACGACAUGCGCCACUGCUUCUUCCGCGGGCACGUCAACGCCAGAGCCGAAUACCCCGCCGUGCUGAGCCUGUGCACCGGACUGAUCGGGACGUUUACCACGCAAUAUGGCGAGUACUUCUUGGAGCCCCUGAUGAAUGCCGAGGGGGAGGAGGAGUUCGACGAAGAAGCCAACAAACCUCACCUUGUCUACAGACACGAGAGGAAGACGACAAUCCCCGACAGCCACUCCACCGCAGAGCCCUGCGCCGCCUCAGAUGACCACGUUAAGAGACCGGUCACCCUGGAGAGUGGCAGGAAUAUGGGGGAGGAGCUGGCUUCUCUCAGAGCCACCAUUGACAACAGCAGUGCCGACCACCGCUCCCACGCCAACUCCACCGGCACCACCCACCGGCCGUCCCCGAGCAGACGCAAGCGCUUCCUGUCCUACCCCCGCUAUGUCGAGCUAAUGGUGACGGCAGAUGCCAAGAUGGUCCGUCACCACGGACGCAACCUGGAGCACUACAUCCUAACAAUCAUGUCAGUAGUAGCAGCAGUGUACAGGGACCCCAGCGUCGGAAACCUCAUCAACAUCAUGGUCAUCAAGCUGGUCAUCAUCCACGACGAACGGGAGGGACCUGCAGUGAACUUCAAUGCCGCUACCACCCUCCACAACUUCUGUGUCUGGCAGCAAAGCCAAAAUGUCCAAGAUGACAGCCACCCUUCUCAUCAUGACACUGCACUCCUCAUCACCAGGGAAGACAUCUGCCGAGCGAAGGACAAAUGUGACACGUUGGGUUUGGCAGAGCUUGGUACCAUGUGUGACCCAUACCGAAGCUGCUCCAUCAGUGAGGAAAACGGACUAAGUGCCUCCUUCACCAUCGCCCACGAGCUGGGCCAUGUAUUCAACAUGCCCCAUGAUGACAACCCCAAGUGCCGGGAGGCGGGCAUGAAACACCAGUACCAUGUCAUGGCGCCCACCCUCAACUACGACACCAGUCCCUGGUCCUGGUCCAAAUGCAGCCGCAAGUACAUCACCGAGUUUCUGGACACCGGCUAUGGAGAGUGUCUAUUGGACGAGCCGGUGGGCCGGCCCUAUGAGCUGCCCACCCUCCUGCCUGGGGAAAUCUACAAUGCCAACCAACAGUGUGAGCUGAUGUUUGGACCCGGGUCCCAAGUCUGUUCCUAUAUGAAACAGUGCAAGAGGCUGUGGUGCACGAGUGGGGAAGGGGACCACAACGGGUGUCGCACACAACACAUGCCGCUAGCGGAUGGCACCGACUGUGGCCAUGGAAUGUACUGCCGACGUGGAAUGUGUGUGAACAAGGAGCUGGACCUGCGGCCAGUCCACGGAGAGUGGGGCCCCUGGGGGCCGUACAGUGUUUGCUCCAGGACCUGUGGUGGAGGAACCAGGAGCACCACCAGAGACUGCAACAAUCCUGAGCCCAGAAAUGGCGGGAAGUUCUGCGUGGGCCGCAGGAUGAAGUUCCGCUCAUGCAACACUGAGCCGUGCCCCCGCGAACGGAAGGACUUCCGCGAGGAGCAGUGCUCUCAGUUCGAUGGCAAGCACUUCAACAUCAACGGUCUGCUUCCCACCGUCCGCUGGAUCCCCAAAUACAGUGGCAUACUAAUGAAGGAUCGAUGUAAGCUGUUCUGCCGGGUCGCCGGGACAAUGGCCUACUAUCAGCUGAAGGACCGUGUCAUUGAUGGAACGCCGUGCGGACCAGACACUUACGACAUCUGUGUUCAAGGCCUCUGCCGGCAAGCGGGCUGUGACCAUGUGUUGAACUCCAAGGCCAGGAAUGACAAGUGCGGGGUGUGUGGUGGAGAUAACUCGUCUUGUAAGACCCUGGCGGGGACCUUUAAUGACGCGGAGUACGGUUACAACACGGUGGUGAGAAUCCCAGCAGGGGCCACCAAUAUAGAUAUCAAACAGGUCAGCUACUCUGGAAAGCCAGAGGACGACAACUACCUCGCAUUAUCCGAUGGCCAGUCCAACUUCCUCCUGAACGGGAACUUCGUGGUGGCCAUGUUCAAAAGGGAAAUCACCUUCAAGGGAACCGUCAUCGAGUACAGCGGCUCAGACACCAAAGUGGAGCGCAUCAACUGCACCGACCGAAUCGAGGAGGAGCUCGUUCUGCAGGUCUUGUGUGUGGGAAAUCUCCACAAUCCAGACGUCCGGUACUCUUUCAACAUUCCCAUCGAGGAACACAGGGAACAGUUUGUCUGGGAGCCCUUAGGCUCCUGGCUGGAGUGCAGCCGCUCGUGUCAGGGUGAGCGGAGACGCAAGGCCGUGUGUGUGCGCAAGAGCGAUCAUCUUGAAGUGUCAGACCAACGCUGUGAACGUUUACCCCGACCAGGGGCUGUUACUGAGCCCUGCAACACUGACUGUGAACUCAGGUGGCAUGUAGCUGGAAAGAGUGAAUGUUCGGCAAAAUGCGGCCCUGGACACCGCAGCCUGGACGUCCAGUGUAUGAAGUACAGCCUGGCGAAGAGACAGAGCGAGAGGAUGGAGGCCAGGGCCUGUGGACAUCUGUCCAAACCCCAAACCAGAGAGCCCUGCCAUGGGGACUGUCUGCUGAAGAGCUGGCAGUACAGCGCCUGGUCACAGUGCUCUAAGACCUGUGGCCGUGGCACUCGCACCAGAGACUCCUACUGUAUGAACAACCUGGGCCGGCGGCUGGUGGACAGGGAAUGUAGUGAGUACCAGCGGCUGGUCACCGAAAGCUGCAACGAGCAGCCCUGCCCCAAGUGGUUCGCCAGCGAGUGGAGCGAGUGUCUGGUGACCUGUGGGAAGGGGAUGAGACACAGGCAGGUGUCCUGCAGCAUGGCGAUUGGGGAGGAGAAGCUGAGCCAGCAUCUCUGCGACGCCUCCACCAAACCCCCCACCGUGGGCAGCUGUGAGCUGCCCGAGUGUGCCUCCUGGCAGGUGGGGGUCUGGGGACCGUGUGCAGUGACCUGCGGUCAUGGCUAUCAAAUGCGAGCUGUGAGGUGUGUGUCGGGGCCUUACGGCGAAACAGUGGACGACAGAGAAUGCAACGCAGCUGCCAGACCCAGAGACAGCCAGGAGUGUGAGAUGCCGGCUUGUCCUUGGGGCUCUCCUGCUCAGAGCACCCCUCGUCCCGACAACUCCGGUCAGCUGCUGACACAGUGGAGAUACGGCUCCUGGACCACGUGCUCCGUGUCCUGUGGGAAAGGGAAGCGUGCACGUUACGUCAGCUGCAGAGAUGCUCAGGGAGGAGUUGCUGAUGAGUCAUACUGCAUCCACCUGCCCCGACCCCCCGAGACCUCCACCUGCUUCAGCCCCUGCGGCCAGUGGCGGGCCGGGGAGUGGUCUCCCUGUUCAGUCACAUGCAGCGUGGGAAGAAUAACCAGGCAGGUGGUGUGCAGUAACUACCACCAACCCGUGGACGAGUCGCUCUGUGACCCAGACGAGAGACCCAGCACAGAACAGGAGUGCACGGCUGUCCCCUGCCCAUCUCCCUACCACCGCCAGCGGGUCAACGAGCAGCCCUACGGAUACCCUCAAGACCCGGGGCGCCACCCCGGCCACAGCAGCUGGAACGUGCCCACGGAGGACAACCAGUGGAGGACGGGGCCGUGGGGCGCAUGCUCCAGUACGUGCGCAGGAGGCUUCCAGAGGCGAGUGGUUGUGUGUCAGGACGCGUAUGGACGCAGUAACAGCUACUGCGACGAGAGGGUCAAACCCGCCGAGUCCAAGAGCUGCGACUCCGGGCCCUGUCCACUGUGGAACUUCGGCAUCUGGGGAGAGUGCACGCAGACCUGCGGAGGAGGACGGAGGACCCGGCUGGUGGUGUGCCAGCGGCCCAACGGCCAGAGACUCAACAACCACAACUGCGACAUCCUGGACAAGCCUCCAGAUGUGGAGCAGUGCAACCUGCAGCCGUGCCCGGGCUCUGCUUCCUGGCACCGCCGACCCUGGAAGCCGUGUUCAGUGAGUUGUGGCCGGGGGACCAAGCAGCGGGAGAUCGCCUGUGUUUAUCAGAACCAGACCCUGACAGAGGACGGACAUUGCAGUCAUCUGUCAAGGCCGCGGACCCAGAAGGCCUGCCGGGCCCGAGGAUGUCCAAGUUGGAAGGCCAACAGAUGGAGAGGGGAGAGAAGACAGAAGGAGUCGGAAUCGCAGGGUCAGAAGAGAAAGGCUGCAGAGGGCCACCUGGAGGAACUGAAAAAGAGAAGGAAAACCAUCCUAGAGGAGUCUGAAGGUCUGGCCAGAGAUGCAGACAGGUUUGCAGAAGUGGCACAGGGCAAGGCUGGCAGCAAAAUGGCAGCACUCAUCGCCAAGUCAAAUAUUCUGAGGAGGAGCCACAAGGAGAACUUGGCUGAGCUUGAGAUCGUUUAA